AUGUCUGCAGAAGGGACCAUCAUCCUCUAUGACCUGCCCAGCCAGGAGCCCUGUCGAGCCUGGUCUUUGAACCCUUGGAAGACUCGUUUGCUCCUAGCAUUCAAGGAUCUUGAUUACAAGACGGAAUGGGUUGAGUACCCAGAUAUCAGACCCAAGUUUGAGGAACACUUCCCUCUACCUGAGGGUGUGAGUCUCUACACAAUCCCUACUGUCAAAUUCCCCGAUGGCAAGUACAUUAUGAACUCCAAGGACAUUGCCCAGUACAUUGAGGAGCAAUACCCGGAACCAAGCAUCCACCUCGACUCACCUUACAUUCGCAAAGUCAUGAUCGAGAUUUCAGCCCUCUUUGACCACACGCUCGGCCGCAGUCUCUACGGCGUCGUCCUGGAUCGAAUCCCAAGCCGCGUACUGAACCCGCGCAGCGCCGAGUACUGGAUCAGAACCCGCUCCGAGAUUGUCGGCAAGCCUCUCGGAGAGAUGACCGCAGAAGAGCGGGGCGGCAAGGUGCUGUGGGACAAUGCGGUCAAGAACAUGGCCGAGCUUACCCGCCUGCUCAAGGAGAACCCAGAUGGUCCUUUCUUUGAGGGCAAGACUGUAACGUAUGCUGACUUUUACUGGGUCGGCUUCUUGUUGUUCUUCAGGAGACUGGGCGAGGAUGUGUUCCAAAAGCUCAUCAGUGUCAGCGGUGACGUGGAGGGCAGCGAGAAUGUGCACUUGAAGCUGCUCGAAGCUUGCAAACAGUGGUCCGAGAGGGACGAUCACUAA